GUUAAGCACGGAUACAUAUGUGCAAACACGUUCCCUUUAAGGCGAUAGAUAGUCGGCAACAUAAAAAGCAGAAAGAGUUGUUAUUAUACGAUUGCAUGCUGUAAACAAGGACUUGUCAUGAAUGAUGGCUUCGAAGGAGAUGUUGGAUGAGCAUAGCUUCCAGCGACAAGCUGAAAUAAUAUCCUUUUCUGUCGGAGCUCCAGGGCCUUUUACUAUGAAGGGAUGUAAAGAGAUUGUGAUGCAAUCGACAGCAUUGGCAAUGAAGGACCCAGAACAGGAGCAGUUCAUUUUCCAAUACGGACCAACACAAGGAGACCCAGUUUUUCGAAAAGAUCUUGCAGAGUUCUUAAGCAAAGAGUAUGACGAUCAUGUUAAAAGCGACAACCUCAUGGUGACAGUCGGUGCCACCCAUGGCCUCCAUGUGACUGCAAGUAUUCUUUUCGACCAUAACUUACCCAUCUUCGUGGAGGAUCCCACUUUUCACUUAGCCUUCAAAAUUCUGAAGGAUGAUUUGGGCAAGACCGUUAUACCAGUACCUACUAGUGAAGAUGGUGUUGAUUUGACUCGCUUGGAAGAACUGUUACAAGAGAACAGGGCAAAAGCCGGAGACAAGGCGACAUGGAAGAGUCCUUUCUGGACAAUGCUGUAUACAAUGACAGUUUACGGCAAUCCUACAGGCCAAUGUUCCUCUCCAGAACAAUGUAGGAAACUGAUAAACCUAGCACGGAAAUAUGACGUGCUUCUGUUCUCGGAUGACGUAUAUAACCUGUUCCACUUUGGGAAAGGUAAACAACCAGCACGUCUGCUCGCCUAUGACAAAAGUGACGAUCCUAAUUACAUCGGUUGUGUCCUUUCCAACGGAACGUUCUCAAAGAUAUUUGCUCCCGGAAUCCGACUUGGCUGGAUGGAGGGUCACAAAGAAAUGGUGGAUCUACUUGCGUGUUGCUACACUUCAUACUGCACCGGAAGCUUUAACCAUUACAUGUCCCUCGUGAUGUCUGCCGCCAUACAGCUGGGUCUCAUGACCACACACCUUAACCGAAUCCGUGGUGUAUAUAAGACAAGGAUGGGACUAAUGUGCGACGCCCUGCAAAAGUAUCUCCCGACUGGCUUUACAUUUAACCGGCCGCAGGGUGGCUUUUUCAUAUGGGUAACCAUGCCAGAGACUAUGGACGCAAAGGUCUUACAGAAGUUUGCCAAGAAAUUCAAUGUCGUCUAUAUAGACGGAGAAAGUACCUCCCCAACGUGUAGCUUCAGGAAUUGUAUCCGCUUAACGAUAAGUUUCUGUGAUACCGACCAGAUCGAAGAAGGAACCCAAAGACUUGCGAAAGCAAUACAGGCCUACAGGAAUUCGUUGGAUGAGCCGACCCCAACACAAUAAAAUCUCGACACCAUGUCCCACGAUUUAUUUGCCUUUCGCUUACUGCGAACAUGUUUAAAUCCUUUCAUUUUCUGCUUGGGAAGUCCUUCUUACGUCUUCCUAUUCACACUUACAAACAAUGGCAGAUAACGAGGUAUAAGUGUACUACAUCACGAAGUUAAACUGGCCAUCGCUUGUCUUAAUUUUGUUUGCCGUAUCCAAGGACUUUGUGCUCUAUUUUAUACAAAAGCCUGUGGAUUUAAUGUUGAGGACAGUCUAGAAAGUGUAACCAUUGCGAAUCCCUGUGGGAGACAAACAUUUGCGAGAUAUGGUUUUUGUUUACAAUUAUUUGCAUGUCAAAGAUAACUGUCGACUAAGGAUUAUGUGGUUCCGGGUUAAAGCGGGAAAGCCAAGCAAUGUUUGCUUUGAUAAGUGACUAUAACAAUUCUUGUUAUCAGUGAAUAUUUGGGAGUAAUUGAAUUUCCGCUAAUGCUCCAGCUCAAUAUUUUGAGGUUAUACCGUUUAAUCUAAAACAAAGGCAUCACAUAAAGUGAUGACGUGGUAGACUACAAUGUUUCCCGCGGCAUUUUUAAUUCUAACUUCUGAUUAGUUGAUGUUUGCACGACGAUGAAAUUAUAGCGCGUUGUUGUGCUUUGCGCAAAAAUGCUUCUCAUUUUUUUUAUAUCAGAAAUGAUUAAGUAUUCAUUAACUAUGAACUAAAAAUUCUGUCUUUUUAAAAUUCUUCAAAUAGAACAGACACAUUCCUUGAAGGAUCAAUAGUAUCCAACAAUACUUUACUAUUAUGAUGCAAAAGUAAUUACUUAUAUGACGUCAAAAACGGAUUUGAACGCCAACUAAACUUUUUUAUUUUUUUUUAUUUUUUUUUAUUUAAACAUAUUUAUUGCCCAAAAUUUGGGCAGAGGAUUAGGCACCAGUAAUAUCAACUUAGCAUACACCCUUUCCUCUAAUACAGUGCAUAUUGAUAUACAUGAUAGCAUUUAUAUCAUACAAUUAUUAUAUUUUACUCAAAACUUGCUGCUGGAUUUGAUGAAAAGUUGCACGUGUCUGAAUACUUUUGAAUUGGUAUCUACGGACAGAUUUGCAUUGUCAAAUACAAAUAAAACUACAUUAUCUGGA